AUGCCGCCGCGACGCUCUCACAAAAAGUCCCGGGCCGGGUGCAAGCGGUGCAAGUCCCGCAAAAUCAAGUGCGACGAGAACCACCCGAGAUGCGGGAAUUGCACCAAGCACGGCGUUCCCUGCGACUUUGAAUAUCCAGAGCUCGCCAGUAGCUUCGCCGCCGCCGAGACGCCCCGUGUCCCUCCUUCCGAAUAUGCCGGCAGCCCUGCUUCCAGUGGCUUUCCGCCAACACCGGCGAUGGCCCCGCGCACGCCGAUGCCUCUCUACCGCAGCCCGAAUCAUACUACUAUCACCACGACUUCUACUGACCGGAUGAUGGAACUUCGCCUUCUCCAUCAUUGGACCACAAUCACCUGCAAGACGCUCGCUAUUCGCGACCCAUCCAGCGAAUACAUCUGGGCGGAGAAGGUGCCCAAUCUCGCCUUCUCGGGCGCCCACUUUCUCGCCGAUGCCGUACUCGCCGUGUCUGCGCUACACCUUCGAUCUGCCACUCCACACGACCAACAACUGGUCAGGGCUAGCCAUAGCUACAUGGCGGCUACGCUUUCAGAGUAUGCCGCAAGUCUCAGCAAGGGCAUUACCAAGUCCAAUGCAGAAGCCUUAUUCCUGACAGCCGCUCUCAUUGCCUUUCAGUCAACUGCAUCUCGUGUCUUUGUGCGCGACGAAGGCGUCAUUGGAAGCAAGGACGAGCCCUCACGCUACCAGAUUCCCUUGUCGUGGUUCCACUCAUUCCAAGGUGUCAAGGCUGUGGUUGCUUCAAGUUGGCAGUUCCUCCGUGAUAGUGGGAUCGUGCUAACAAUCAUUGAGGCCCAGCCGGCGCUCAAUCUUCACUUCGGAGAGCAUACGAGUACCCAUUUCGGACACUUACUAGAAGGACUCGACAAGGAAAUUCUGGAGUCUGGCGAGAGUCCAGAAGACCAGGCCCUAACGGCGCAGGCAUACCAGCAUGCUGUAGCAGUCAUGAACUGGGUGCAUAGGAUCCCAAAGACAGCGGCGCCUCUCGUGUUCCUCGCCACCGUUUCCAAGCGCUUCAUCGAUCUCCUCGAAGCCAAGCGGCCCCGCGCCUUAGCUAUCCUUGCCAACUAUUUUGGCUUGCUCAAGCUACUAGACCGCCUUUGGUGGCUCAAGGGUGUCUCCAGGCGCGAGAUCAUUGGCAUCAUCUCUCUUUUCGACCCCGACGAUGAGUUCUGGUGGCCCAAACUACAGUGGCCGUUACGAAUCGCCGUCUACGAUGGCGACGUUAUCCCCACGGAAUUGUGGGGCUUGAGCAUGGAUACGGCGGCUCCUUCAAAGGAGGAGGAAAGAGCGCAGAGUGGCUCUUUUGUCAGCCAUAUCGAUCUCCUCAGUGAGAUGUUUGACGCAUUACAGAAUGGCUCUGGUGCUGUUAUGGAUAUGGUCGCCCACAGCAAUGAUGUUGCCCGAAAGCGCACAGAGUCACCUGCAGGUUUCCCAAUUGCCUCCCCGGGGACGGAAAGUAGUCCAGGGGCUGACGCAUCCCCUUCAAUGCAUCAACAACAACCCACUUGA